AUGUUGGCAAGCGGGGUUGCACGGAGGGAGCCUCGAAACAAAGAAUAUGGAGCCACAUCGGUGACUUCUCUUGCAAACAUGUUUUCCUCCAGCUCUGCACCUGAUCCUCAAGCCAAACAAGUGCAGAGGACAGGAGGGCUCAUUGCCUACUGGUAUCUGCUGUCCUUCCUGAUUGCCAUUCAUGAGAUCAAUCAGCAUCCCAGGAUCUUACCCAACAUCACCCUGGGCUAUGACAUCUAUGAGAAUUAUUUCAAUCCAAGAACGACUUAUGAUGCCAUGCUAGAUCUGCUUUCUCCUGGGAGGGCUAAUGUUCCCAACUACAGCUGUGGAAGACAGAAUAAGGCUCUGGUUUUCAUUGAAGGGGUCGACUCGGACACUUCUGUCCAGAUUUCAGCUAUGCUGGGAAUAAACAAAAUCCCCCAGGUCAACUAUGCUUCUGUUAAUCACGUUCUUGACAAAAUGCAAUUGCCUCUCGUCUACCGGAUGAUCUCAAAUGAAGAACCUCCAAGCACAGGGAUUGUUCACCAUUUCUUGAGCAAUUUCCAGUGUUACAAUUCUUCCAUGGAUGGUGCAUAUUUGGAUGAGAAAGGGGACCUGGCUGCUGACUUUGACAUUGUGAACUUUGUGAUGCUUCCCAACAACUCCCUUCAUAUAAGGAAAGUUGGGUGGAUGGAGAGUCACGGAUCUCCAGGCAUAAAAGUCACCAUUGAUCAAGAUGCCAUUGUGUGGCCCCGUUGGUUUAACAAGAUGGUGCCUCGUUCCAGAUGUACUGAGAGCUGCCGCCCUGGGGAUGUCAAGGUGAUCCGGGAAGGAGAGCCGCUUUGCUGCUAUGAUUGCGCUCCCUGCGUGGAAGGGACAAUCUCCACCGUGGAAGAUGCAGACCACUGCACCAAAUGUCCAGAAGAUCAAUAUCCCAACAAGGACAGAGAUCAAUGUGUCCCCAAGAUUAUGACUUUCCUGUCCUAUGAAAAAUCUUUAGGGAUCACCUUGGCUUCUUUUGCCCUCUUCUUAUCCUUAACUACUGGCUUCAUUUUUGGAAUCUUCAUUAAAUUCCUGGAAACUCCCAUAGUCAAAGCCAACAACCAGGACCUCUCCUACAUUCUCCUCACUUCCCUACUUCUCUCCUUUUUGUCCUCCUUCCUCUUCAUCGGCCAACCGAGCAAAGUGACCUGCCUUCUCCGACAAACAGCCUUCAGCGUCAUCUUCUCAGUCGCCGUCUCUUCUGUCUUGGCAAAAACCAUCACUGUGGUGCUGGCCUUCCUGGCCACAAAGCCAGGGAACAGAAUGAGGAGAUGGCUGGGAAAGAGUCUGGCCAAUGCCAUUGUCACUUCCUGUUCAAGUGUCCAAGUUGUCAUCUGCACUAUGUGGCUGGGGAUUUCUCCACCCUUCCCAGAGUCUGACAUGCACUCCCAGCCUGGAGAGAUCAUCCUGCAAUGCAAUGAAGGGUCUGUCACCAUGUUUUAUGGAUCCCUCAGCUACAUGGGUUUCUUGGCUGCCAUUUGCUUCAUGGUGGCUUUCCUAGCCAGGAAGCUUCCUGGGGCCUUCAAUGAAGCCAAGCUGAUCACCUUCAGCAUGCUGGUCUUCUGCAGUGUUUGGGUCUCCUUUGUGCCCACCUACCUGAGCACGAAGGGGAAAUACAUGGUAGCCGUGCAGGUCUUCUCCAUCUUGGCCUCCAGUGCUGGGCUUCUGGGCUGCAUCUUCAUACCCAAGUGCUACAUUAUUCUACUGAGGCCUGAUCUUAAUACAAAGGAACACCUAACAACAAAAACAGAAAUCUGA